UUCAGCUCCAUCUUCUACGUGGCCAUUCCACACACGUGCUCCAACUUAUGAUGAUCGCGCUCAUGGCCUCUCUUCAGCUCGAUUCUACCGUGGCAGUCCUCUGCCUCGUCUUCCUAGUUUCUUGCAUCUUCCUCGCUGCUAGAAGCCGCAAGGACGGCGCGCGCGGAUCACCGCCACCUUCGCCUCCGGCGCUGCCCGUCAUCGGCAACCUGCACCAGCUCGGCCGGGGACGCCACCACCGGAGGCUGCAAGCUCUCGCGCGGAGCUACGGCCCGCUCUUCCUCCUCCGCCUCGGCUCCGUUCCCACCGUCGUGGUCUCCUCGCCCUCCCUGGCCGAGGCCGUGCUCAAAACCCAGGACCACGCCUUCUGCAGCCGGCCGCAGCCGCGCACGGCCCACGGCACGCUCUACGGCUGCCACGACAUGGCCUUCAGCCCCUACGGCGAGCGCUGGCGCCAGCUCCGCCGCAUCGCCGUCCUGCACCUCCUCAGCGCGAAGCGGGUCGACUCCUUCCGCUCCCUCCGCCAACAGGAGGUCAUGGGCUUCGUGGAGCGGAUCCGCGCCGGCGCCCGGGAGGGAGCCGUCAACGUGACCGAGCUCGUCAUCAGCCUGACCAACACCGUCAUCUCCAAGGCGGCGUUCGGGAACAGGCUCGGCGGCGUCGAGCCGGGGGUGGUCCGCCACAUGAUGAAGGAGCUCACCGAGCUGCUCGGGACGACCGCCGUUAGCGACGUGUUCCCGCGGCUCCAGUGGGUGGACUGGGCGACGGGACUCGACGCAAGGAUAAGUCGGACAGCGGCUGAGCUCGACAGUGUCAUCGAGAAGACGCUCACGGAGCACGAGGGGAGCCGAGCAAACGACGGUGAGGUUCAUGACCUCCUGGACGGCUUGCUCUCGAUCGUCAAGGAUGGUGAUCAGGGGUUUAGGAUGGACCGGAUUGAUGUCAAGGCGCUCAUCUUGGACAUGUUCAUAGGAGGCACGGACACGAUCUAUAAGGCGAUAGAAUGGACCAUGGCCGAGCUUGUUAAGAAUCCAAGAGAAAUGGAAAAGGUGCAAGCAGAGGUGAGACAAGUUGCUGCCGGUACGCAGGGAGGAGUCCUUGAGGAGGAGCUGGAGAAGAUGAGUCUCCUCCACGCUGCCAUGAAAGAGGCACUACGGCUACAUCCGCCCAUACCCCUCUUCCCGCACGAGUCGAUUCAGAACACCCGGCUGCACGGCUACGACAUCCCAGCCAAGACCCGGAUCAUGAUCAACGCAUGGGCGAUCGGAAGGGACAGCGAGUCGUGGGAGGAGGCCGAUGAGUUCCGGCCAGAGAGGUUCAUGGACAGGGCCAUGGACUACAGCGGCAAGGACCCCCGGUUCAUACCGUUCGGCGCGGGGAGGAGGGGAUGCCCUGGUAUCGCCUUUGCGUUGCGGCUGGCGGAGCUCACACUGGCGAACAUGAUGUACCAUUUUGAUUGGGUGCUCCCGGAUGGCCAGGACCCGGAGUCAUUUGAGGUUGUCGAGUCCAACGGCUUCGCGCCUGCGCUGAAGUGCCCUUUGAUCCUUGUCGCAAAACCUUUAUAAGCAUGCAUGAUGUCCAUGAUGAAUGUAUCACUGAUC